AUGUCAGUUGUCAAUGACACCAAAUUCACACACACCAUGUUCUUUCUCAGCGGGAUACCUGGUCAGGAAGACGUCCGUGUCUGGCUGUCUGUGCCCUUCUGUAUAAUGUAUGUUAUUUCUGUAGCAGGAAAUUCAGUUAUUCUGUUCAUUAUAAAAACAGAUGAAAGCCUUCAUGAGCCCAUGUACAUUUUCCUUUCCAUGUUGGCCAUCACAGACCUUGGCAUAUCGAUAUCCACCAUACCGACAAUCCUCGGUGUAUUCCUGUUUAACUCAAGAGAGAUCAGUAUCAAUGCCUGUUUUGCCCAGCAGUUCUUCAUCCAUUUUCUUCAGAGCACUGAAUCUGCAGUGCUCCUGUUAAUGGCCUUUGACCGCUUCAUUGCGAUCCGUAACCCCUUGAGAUAUGCUUCCAUCUUAACCCUGCCCAGAAUAGCCAAGAUGGGUCUGGUGUUUUUUCUAAGAGGGGUGGUCGUAAUAUUCCCACUCCCCUUUCUCCUGCAACGGUUCCAAUACUGUCGAGCCAACAUCCUCUCCCAUUCCUACUGCCUGCACCAGGACGUCAUGAAGUUGGCUUGUUCGGACAUCAGUGUCAACAGCAUCUACGGCUUGUUUACUAAACUCUUAACUAUGGGGCUGGACUCGUUUCUCAUCUUCCUCUCCUACAUGAUGAUCCUCAAAACGGUGCUGCACAUCGCAUCCCGCAUGGAGUGCCUCCGGGCCCUGAACACCUGCGUCUCCCACCUCUGCGCCGUCCUGCUCUUUUAUACCCCAGAGAUCAGCCUGUCUGUCAUGCACAGAUUCGGGAAGGGCUCCUCUCCCUUGCUUCAGAUUCUCCUGGGCUACGUCUCCCUGCUGGUCCCGCCCCUGAUGAACCCCAUUGUGUACAGCGUGAAAAGCAAACACCUGCGGGUGAGGAUCAUCAGGAAAUACAAACAAGAAAGAGGAGAAAUGCAAUUUGAAUAUGCAUUGUCAGCAUAA